AUGAGAUAUCCAGUUGACGCAGCGGCUACCAUGGCGUCUUACCAUCCUUUCCAAGCUCAUCGACCAGGUGCCUUGCCCUUAUCAGCCUUCCUUAACGCCGCUCAGCCCUGCUUUUUCCCCGGGCUUGCGUUCCCAGACGUGACAUCGCUGUCCGUGCCUCUCCCGGAGCACCCUGCCUCCGACGCGGGGCUGAUGCGCGCAGCUCUGGGACGCCAGGAUCAGCCGGUAACUCUCCCGCGGACACUGAAGAGCCUGCAGACAGAGGAAGAGCUGGAGGAUGACCCGAAAGUCACACUGGAUGCAAAUCACUUAUGGACUGAAUUCCACAAAAUGGGAACUGAGAUGGUUAUCACAAAAUCGGGAAGGAGGAUGUUUCCGGCUUAUAAAGUGCGAGUAGAUGGUCUGGUUGAAACAGCAAAGUAUAUUCUGCUGAUGGACAUCGUCGCUGUUGAUGACUGUCGCUACAAGUUCCACAACUCCCGCUGGGUGGUGGCUGGAAAAGCUGACCCAGAGAUGCCAAAGCGCAUGUACAUCCACCCGGACAGCCCGUCCAAAGGGGAGCAGUGGAUGAGCAAGCCUGUCGCUUUCCAUAAACUCAAACUCACCAAUAACAUUUCGGAUAAGCAUGGAUAUACAAUUUUGAAUUCCAUGCAUAAAUACCAGCCCAGGUUUCAUGUUGUGAGGGCCAACGACAUCAUGAAGCUUCCGUACAGCACCUUUCGGACGUAUGUCUUCCCUGAGACCGAGUUCAUAGCUGUCACUGCGUAUCAGAAUGAAAAGAUUACACAGCUGAAAAUAGACAACAAUCCCUUUGCCAAAGGAUUCCGAGACGCAGGGAAUGGUAGACGAGAAAAGAGAAAUAAGCCUUUCACCAUUUCUUCGCUGCACGAGAGCCAAGGCAAAGCGGACCAGGACUAUGCUGAUUCUGAUGACUCGUGUGAACACCCCAGAGAUCCCAUGUAUUCCCCUCGCAAGCUGGUCAGAAGCCCCCUGAUGUACACACCAACCUGUCCAGAUGACAAUAAUAUUGGAAGUGACUCAGAAAUUGAGCUCGAAGAUGAGGACAUUGCAGAAGCCAGUCGUUCGAGGAUUGAACAUACUUUCAGCGACGACAAUCAGGACUUAACAACAGAGAGGACAACGUUUCCAUCAUCAGAUAAGAUGAACUCUUUGGAGAUUGAUUCUUUGAAAAAGCACGCUAGCGGAAUCAAAGAUGGGGUGCUGCCAAUGAAGUUACAAACGCAGAGUUUAUCAUCCCUCAACGGCGAUUACCUUCAGACUUUGGAUUACUCGAGUGCGCAGAGCCAACAGUUUCUUAAGUUCGGGUCGCCUUUGUUGUUUCAUCCGGGACAGUUGUCGGGGAAACCAGAGGGUGUGUUGUCAGCUCUGCCUGGAGUAGAAAAUGGAGGACUGACAUCUCAAAGCAUCGCAUCUUCAUCGCCCUUCUUGUUUCACCUGUCACAGCAGAUGCUUGCAUCUCAGGGACUCUCACUGUCACCCUUUGGAGGACUCUUCUCCUAUCCCUACGGCUACAUGGCAGCCCCAGCUCUCCCCUCCUGCUCUGCGACCUCCACACUGGCCAGGAACCAGUGUUUUCGCAGCUCUCGGCCUUGGUUGCGAUUCAACCCUUAUCAGAUCCCCACCACCCCUGCCACCUCAGGCCUCACCUCAAUCUCCAACACCCAACGUGAGCUGUCCAAAUCAGGGAGCAGAGAGUCAAGUCCAGUGUCUCACAAAACCAAGGCCAAGUAG